UUCUCUAAUGCCAAGAACUUUCAUUUUUAUCUCUCUCUCUCUUUCUCUAUCUAUGUGCCCUCUGUGAUGUACGAAGCACGUUAAUGGCGGCUCCGCAUUUCACACAAAUCAAAACUACAGCAUCUUUUACUCACUAAACCCUCUCUCAUGUAUUCCUUUCUCAUCUUAUCUCUACUAACUCUCUCCCUCCUCUCAUUCGUCUCCGCUCUCUUCUUUCUCCGCCGCAGACCUGCUCUGUACGGCGGCCAGAUACUCAUACCCGAAUCCGAAACUAAACUCGAACCAGAGUCUUCUCUCUCCGAUAUUUCAGACUCAGCCCGUGAAGAUGAUGAUGAUGACUCGACGCAUUUGACGAAUUCGCGUCUCUACGAGUUACUGCUCUCCGACUCCGAUAAGAAGGAUGAAUCGGAUUGGGAGGAAGAUCCUGCGAAUAAGAAUAAGAAGAAGAAGAAGAGGAAGCGAGGUAAGAAGAAGAAACUAGUAGAUGAAUCCUGCGGCGUUGGUGAAGGAGAUGGGGUUGUGUUGAAUCCGAUGUCUGGCUCGAUUUCGAUUUCGGAUAACAACAAACCGGAGCAGUUUGUUUGUUUGUACCCUUUUACCUCGACGAGCAGUGCUACGCAGAGGAAGAUUAAGCAGCAGUACGAUCAGCUUGUUAAAUGCAAUAGUGCCAAAGGAUUGACUCUUGCUCAGGUUGGGGACUUUGCUAAUUGUUUGAUAGAAGCCAAAAAUGAACUACAGCAAAAGUCAGAAGUAAUCAAGCGCAAGUUUGCAAUAACAAAAGCCCUUCUCUGCAAGGCUGAUAGAUCAUCCUUUGACCGACUUCGUCAACAGAUCAAUAAGCUAGAGAUGGAACAAAAAAGAGUAGAAGAAGAUGCACUUGUAUAUAAUUGGCUCCAGCAACAGCUAAAACUUUCACCUGCGUACAAAAAGGUUCUUGAAAUAAGCGCUUCCAUGGAACUGAAAGAAAAAUCAAGUAGAGAGUUAGACAAUCCAGAUGAUGAAUUUUCAGACAUCUCCUUCGAAGAGCUAUUGGAACAAGAAAAGAAAGACUCCUUUUGGCAUAAAAAUGGAAGAUUGCGAACUUGCAGAACAUGAUUUGGUGGGAUUGAAACUGCCGUGAGCUCAGCAAGAAAACUGAAUCCCUUAUGUUCUCUCUUUUUUUGGUGCUGUGUAUAGAGAGAGACAAAACCAGUUUACUCCAUAGGGACACAUUACCGGGUUUUCAAAUCGAUUUUUGGGGUUCGGUUUGAAUCAAAUUAAUUCGGUUUAUCUACAUUGAACUAAGUCCAAAGCAUCUCUGGAGACUGAAGAUAUGCUUUUUUGUAGACAAUACUAUUGAUAUAUACAAGCAUGAUGUACAAAUCGGCGGUAAAAGGAGUUGAUGAUUAAAUUAGCUAAAGUUUAUCCGGUU